CCCGAUCAUCCUUAAGGAAACUGGAAUUUUAAGACUAGAGUCCGGCAAACCCAGGCUCAAGCUGAAUCAGAAAGAAAUUCUUUCGCCUCAGCCGUCGGCGGAACGAUUAUCGGUAAAAUUUGCCAAAGAUUUGGAAUAUCCGACGGUGUAUUCGGGCAGGAUGCAACAGUUGCAGCAUCAGCAAUCGCUUCAAUGUCUGCAAGAUCGGGCCCAAAUACCAGAAGAAACUAUAGAAACGAACGAAUCCGACGAAGAUGAUUAUUCGGCAAGCGUCAACGUAAUAAUUCAACGUCGCGCCUCGACUCGACGCUCGAAAAAACAGAGCAGAAGGGCCAGCAGCCCUUUUUUACCAGGCGAAGCUCCUGCUUGCUCGGUGGCCCAGGAACGGAGACGAUCUUCGGUGUUCACUACCAGCUCAGGAGAUACUGCUAUUACUGUAGACGAUAAUGCAGCAAACGAAGUGACACAAGACGAAAUAUUCGAAAACAUAAAACUGCACAAGGAAGUGCUGAGCAACGUAAAAAUGCAACCGUGGAGCAUGCGGAAAAAACUGAAGCUCGUCCUCCAAGCCAAAUCCUACAUUAAAAAGCACGAAGGCCAGUUACAAGAACGACUAGCUCAGAGCCAUUCUACUAAGGACAUGCUGGCAAGAUGGAAUAUUUUAUUGAUUAAGAAAUGGCAGAAAUGGAAGCGCGAACUGACCAACAUGUCAAUGUGGUUCAUACCGUGGGAAUUAAAGAUCAAAGAGAUCGAAUCACACUUUGGAUCGGUUGUGGCGUCGUAUUUUAUAUUUCUAAGGUGGCUAUUUUGGGUUAAUAUCGUUAUUGCUAUCGCCAUUAUUUCAUUUGUUACUAUACCCGAGAUUAUCACCGCAGAUCCCGAAGCUGUAAAAGAACGAAAAUUCGUCCUCAAAGAAGAACAAUACAAUUCAACAAAUUUCCUUACCCUGUGGGAUUUUGAAGGGGUUUUCAAAUAUUCCCCAUUAUUUUACGGAUGGUACACAAACAGAGACUAUAACGACUCCACUGUAUUCAAUGGUUUCGAAGGAAAAAAAGUCCACGGAAACGGAUACAGAUUACCGUUCGCUUAUUUUGUUACCGGCUUGGUUGUUUAUGCCUAUAGCUUCUUUGCAACUUUAAGAAAAAUGGCAGAAAACUCUAGAAUGUCAAAACUAUCCGAAAAAGACGACGAAUGCAUUUUUUCUUGGAAACUAUUCACUGCGUGGGAUUACAUGAUUGGAAACUCUGAAACUGCACACAAUCGAGUGGCCUCUAUAGUUAUGGGAUUCAAAGAGGCAUUACUAGAAGAAGCCGAAAAGAAACGAGAAUCCAGAAAUUGGAAAGUUAUUUGUUUUCGUGUCCUUGUCAACUCUCUAGUAGUUGGAUUACUAACCUGUUCAGCCUAUGCAGUGGUAAUAGUAGUCAAAAGAUCAACAGAACCAGAUGCGAAUAGUAACAUUUGGCGCAGAAAUGAAAUUACAGUAGUCAUGUCGUUGAUUACAGUAAUAUUUCCAAUGUUUUUUGAAGUUUUAGGAUUCGUUGAACAGUACCAUCCCAGGAAACAACUGAGAUUACAACUAGCAAGGAUCAUGGUGUUGAACCUGUUGAACCUGUACUCGCUCAUAUUUGCAUUGUUUGAUAAAAUUACUGAUAUGACAAUUCUACUCCAAGAAAUUAAAUAUAAUUUAUCAAAACCGCAAACAACCGAUGUGGCUUUUUACACCAGUCCGAACCCCUACGAAGCUCUCCAAUCCUACGACGAUAACAGCAUAUCAGCUUUUCAUUGUAUAUGCAGCGACAAUUUAAUUCUCGACCAAACUGGAAUUUCCAUGGAUUUAAUUUCAAAUUUAGCUGAGAAUCUAUCGACUUUGGCCAUGCCGACGUUAAACAACUUAUUAACGACUCUGCAUGACUUUACUGACUUAAAUAAUGCUACUGAAUCAACAUGGAUUAAUUCGACUAUUGAAUAUGAAAAUUCAACUAACUAUUUAAAUUUUACAAUAACCGCAGAGGAAUUGAAGGAUUUAUUUGUUGAUUAUUUAACUUACAUACUGUCUCCAUUUGUUGUACUGAAUAAUACUGAUAUAAUUAACAUCACUUUAACUCCUACUGAUAAUUAUGAACAUUUCAAAACCACUCUACUGCCACUCUUUAACGAUACAACCCCUCAAGAAGAGCAAAGAUUUGAAACUGAACUUACAACUUUAUUUGAAGAGAUUACUUCCACAAUAACAUCAUCAUAUACAGAUAUUUUCACGUCAACAACAACAGAAACUAGUGAAACUAUCACAAUAGAUAAUACAGACCUUAAGUGUCAAACAUAUUGUGAUACGUUCACUACUGCUAUAAAAACUACCGUCAACUAUGGAGAGGCUGAAUAUAGAAAAACCCUAAAUUAUACCAUGAAUGCUAAAUUAAGAAGCCUAUGCUGGGAAACAAUGUUCGGACAGGAAUUGAUUAAAUUGACCGUCAUGGAUCUAAUUCUAACUGGCUUUACAACAUUAAUGAUGGACUUUUUCAGAGGCAUUUUUGUACGAGUAAUGAACAGAUGUUGGUGCUGGGAUUUGGAAAAGAACUUUCCGCAGUACGGGGACUUUAAGGUUGCAGAAAACAUACUUCAUUUAGUAAACAAUCAAGGCAUGGUUUGGAUGGGAAUGUUCUUCUCACCAGGUUUGGUAGUAUUAAAUGUGAUCAAACUCUAUCUAAUGAUGUACUUGCGCGCCUGGGCCGUUCUUACGUGUAAUGUACCACACGAAAUUAUUUUCAGAGCAUCAAGAUCGAACAAUUUCUAUUACGCUCUACUGCUCAUGAUGCUUUUCCUCUGCGUCCUGCCUGUAGGAUACGCUGUGGUAUGGAUCGAGCCUUCUUGGCAUUGCGGUCCUUUUUCAGGAUAUCAGAAAAUAUUUCACAUUUUCACUAAAACCAUUAGAGCCAACACUCCAAAUUCCAUGCACCGGGCUUUAGACUACAUCGCGUCACCAGGAAUAGUGAUUCCGCUUCUACUAUUGCUAGUUUUAAUUAUUUAUUAUUUGAUUUCUUUGACUGGUGCACUCAGAGAGGCCAAUGUUGAUUUGAAGACUCAGUUACGUCGAGAACGUACAGAAGAACGCAGAAAACUGUUCCAACUGGCAGAUCGUCGUAGACGCGGCGGUUCGGGUGAAUCAGCUGAUCAAACGCCGUUUUCGAAAUGGAAAAAAUUACUGGGUAACUUACCGAGUACUAAAAGUUGCGAAGACACACGCCAGGAAUCUGAAGAUAUUGCGCCUAGUCAACGUGCGGACGAAGAGGAAGAAGAAGACGAGAAAGUAGAAAAUAAAGGGAAAGUAUUUUUCACAAAAUUAAUCAAGCAAGUAUUGGGAAAGUCUUCAACGUCCAGUGACGAACAAGAUGGUACUGAUACUGACCAACACGAGCCUUUACCUUACGAUAACACUAAAGAGCACAAAUCAGGGGACAGUACAGAGCUUGCUAUAAAAAGUAUAGUAAGCAAAUGGUCUUUGAGGAGAAAUAGCAAUAGAGACAAGAAAAAUGAAGAUUUAUCAAAUGAAGCCAUAGAGUUGGAAGAUUAUAAGAUAAAAAAACACACAAAAAAGUCUAAAAAUCAGGAAGAAUCCACUACAGAAGCAACCAAGUAUCAUAAACGUGGUAAAGAAGAAAACGUUUUCCUGCAAAAAGUAAUUGAAGCCAAAAAAGCGGGAGUAUUUGAAGACAUUAAAGUAAUAGAAGAACAACCAAGAAAGUCGCAUAAGCGUAUGAAAACCAAACCCAAAAAACCCAUAAUUGAAUUGGAUGAAGACGCUUUCGAACCAAGCCCACCUCUAACUAGAAAAGAUCAAAGGCAGGAUUCCACAGAUGCUAUUCCAGUGAUAACAAUAAGUAAAACAUAUAGCGAUGAAAAUGUGGAAUCGAAAAAUUUGGAAAAUUAUAAGCAACCAGUGAAUAAGUCUGAAGUUAAGCGGAAAUUUGUAUUCAAAGAUAAAGAUUUUGCAAGUAGCAGCUCUAGCAGUGACGAAGAGAAAAUCACUUUCCGACCAAAAGUGAAAUGUGUCCUUAGAAAACAAGCCACAGCCAUAGAUGAAGACGUCAUCAUUCAUUUUGGGAGCGACUUGGAAAAAGCUGACAAGGAAAAACAAAUGUAUCUAGAUGCGAUAAAAGAUUUUGAUGAAUCUUCAACACCUUUGAAGUUGGAAACAGGCGAUACAUCAGAUAAAUCGACUUCCGAAGACACAGAGAUGAAAGACGACAACAGUGUUGAUACCAUUUUGAAAGCGCCAUUUCAUUUGCAAAUGGAAAAAACUGAUUGCAGAGUCGAUGAAAAUGAUGACUUACGUUUAGACAACAGUAGUAGAAGCAAUACGGAAUAGUUUGCUUAUUAGAGCUUUAUGUGUUGGAUGUUAUUAUAAUUAAAUAUGUUUAUAAA